CUCUGCUGUUCCACACCUACUAAAUCUGCCGGAGAAGCGCUCCUGUACAUUACAAGUGUCGGUGGUGCGGAUUCAGGAUGCAUUCAGACACAGUGGACAAAUCUGGAUCACCCAGAAAGCGGAUCAGUUCUCGGGGAAUGAGCGAGGAAGAGUCGCUCCGACACCUCAUACAGGAGGCUGAAGAAACCCCCAAGCGUUUACUCCGCAGAGACAGCAGAUAUGGCUCGCUCAGACGAGGAGACACAAGAGGAAGUCAGAGUGAAGAGGAUUCUGUGGAGAGCACCGCCAUGAUGGAGCUGCAGGCGGAUUACGAGGCGUGUCUGGAGGAGCUGCGGAGCGUCGAGCGGCACCAGGACGUCCUACUGUUCCAGCUGGACUGUCUCCACGACACCCUCGAGGGAGCGGAGGAGGCUCUCGCCGACACUCGGAGGGAGAAUAAACAGCUCAGCACAGAACUGGAGCAUGAGAAGGAACAGAGGAGGAAGCUGGAGGUGACGAUAGCAUCGCUGGUACAGGAGGUGGAGCAAUUAAAGGAGCAGGAAAGGAACUCGUUUGCAUCCACCAGCGUAAGAGAAAAGAUCGAGGCUGUGGGGAGAGAAGAAGAGGUUGAUGGAAACGUUUCUAAAGAAACAGUUUUACCAUCGACAGAUCUCACCGGAUCUCCUGCUGGAUCUUCUGCUGGAUCUGCUGGCUCUCUUGCUGGAUCUGCCGCUGCUUACAUUGCUGGGAAGUUCGUGAUCUCGCUGUCCAAGUACAUAAAGGCCGAGCCGAAUCCGCCCAAGCCCGACGCCCUACAGCUUCCGUCCUCUACAGCGGGAACCUCGGUGGACCAUGAAGUCACAGACGGUCCCGCAGCGCCCCCCUCUGACCAGGCCUCCGUCGAGCACGGCGCCGAAGAUAACGACGAGAGCAGCGGGUACGAAGACGCGCCUUCGGAUUUCUCGCCCGGCUCUGCGACCCCGGACGGGCUGACGGAACCCGGGCUGCCGGACGACGGGGAGAACGAACUGAUCAGCGACGGGACCGAUCCGAAAGCUUGUCUUCUGUCCUAGAUCUAACACGGGUCCAGUCGUCUCGGCUACGUGCUUUUGUUUUUAGUUUACGUUUAGCAAAUAUACUAAGAAUAUCUGAAGCUAAGCUACUGAUACUCGUUACAUUCAUACCGAUCAUGUACGUACCUGCUUUUUCCUAAUUAUUGAUCAAACCAUGCGGAUCUGAAACAAUCGUUAUAUUACUGAAUGCUGUAGGUAUUUUAGAACUGUUUACACGCCCUGAUUUCUGCCGUGCUAGAGUGCGAUAUUUUAUAGUCCAGCAGCGUGGCUUGUUUUACUGCUCAAAAAUUAUGUGCUUUUUUAUUAAUCCCACAUUUUCCUGUCUCACCACAUCUCAUCCAAGCAAAAUCUAAUAUCCAAGCUUAGAUUGCUGAGAUCUGAGGUUCGAAUCUCACCCGUGUGCAUGGAUGUGAACUAGGAGGUGCCCUUAUCAGUGCGCUCACUCUCAGUGCAGGUCCCAAACCUGGAUAAAGUAAGAAGGUUGCAUCAGGAAGGGCAUUCAGGAGCAGCCAAACGAAUCUUAUCCAAGUAAAGAAGGGCAGAAAAGCAGAAACUUUAUCAUUUAUAUACAAUAUAAUAUCUAAUUUGCUACGUCAUUUUUAUACCUGUCUGCACUGCUACUUGGCUAGUAAAGAAAGUGACCAGAAUAUUUAUGGAUCAGUGUGACAGAACACUGAACACCUUUAUUCUUAAUCUAAUUUUGACUCUGUUAGUAAUAAUUCUGCAUCACCAAACUGCUGAAAGUCUCAUGGAGGAAGAUGACGACCAGUAAGUGAGUGUACGAUAUAGCCAGAAGAGAAAAGGAGCUACUGAACCGCAUCAAGUCCUGUGAGUUGUGUUACUUUGGGUGUGUUGAGGCGGGUACAUGACAACAUUGCAGGCAGCGUUACUGUAUCAGCAAGAACCAACCGUGCAUGCGUCAGAGAGACCAGGACAGGACGACAAUGGACACUUUUGAGUGUAUGAGUGUGUGUCAGGGUGUGAUCUGUUUACUCUGCUGAUUUAGUGGAGGCUUUGGGCUGUUGUACAUCGUGUGUGUGUGUGUGUGUGUGUGUGUGUGUGUGUGUGUGUGUGUGUGGUUGUUUAGUCCGUGUUUAUCUACAUUAAUGCAGAACUCUGUCUGUACUUGCUUCUGUAUCUGCGUGCAUUUCAUUAUUCUGGCCGCUAGAUGGCUCCAAUGCAACACUAAUCAUAGAUCGGCAGGAAAGCAUUGACGGUUGUAUUACUGCCCGGCAGGGUGGUCAACACACACAACUGACCACAUCUACAGGACAUAUUUGCCUCCUUUCCGUUGAAACAGCAGCUUCUACCGCGGUACAACCAACAGUGUUAUAUAUCAAUAAAAAAUAUAUGAAUAAAACAAUAUUAAUAGACAUUCUAGGGCUUUCCACAUCAGCAAAAGUAAUUUGACUCGGCAUACUUGCCUCAGAGGAUCGUUCAGGUCCUCAUACCUGAUUUGGCACAGUUUUUACACAGAAUGCCCGGAUGCCCUUCCUGAUACCACCCUGCUUGUUUUAUCCGGACCUGGGAGCAGAAAUGAGAGUGCACUGAUACAAGCAUGUUCCAGUGGCUAGUCUGUUUUGGCGACAGCCGAGAUUCGAACCCUAAUCCCUGGGUCUUGACGGUCGUGGGCUACUGUACUUUACCGCUGCACCAUUUGAGAACCUAAAGAGCUAAAAUAAAAACGACUUCACCUUUUUCUGAUUAGACGUGGUGAAUCUACUCGAUAAUCGUCAACGACUCGAUGAACGAGCUUAAAAACUUUUGUGGGAUUUGGGUAAAUAUAUUUUUCUAUUCUUAAGUGAUUUACUUGUUUGCAAGCAACACUCAGUUUUAAGCACUUUUAACUAUUUAAAUUUUAACUUUUAAGGUCAGAUAAAUCGAUUCAAUAACCAGGAUCCUUUUAGGCCAUAAAUGAGACACACUUUUGAUCUAUAAACUGGUGAAAUGACGCCCCUAGUGGCCACCGCCUGCUCUUCUCCGUCGACAUUCCAGCUCAGGGUACAGGGUCCAGGCCGGGUUUGUGUGAUUAGUUACAGCUUUAGUAAAUACUGUUUGAGCACAGAAUGCGGGCGCAUGAAGACGCUUUUUGCACCGUGCAGUGAUUCCUAACCUCCUGAACCUGAAGACCUGAAGUCCCGCGUCUGUGUAAAUGCUGGAUUUUAUAUUCUGUUUUUUUAACGCCUGCUGUCAGGUUUGAUGUGUGAUCCAUGUAAACAGAUCAGCUAGUUUUUACAUUGUGUGGUUUAAAUAUGAAGAGAGUUUGUAUUUUUUAGAUGUUGCCUUUUCCCAAAUACAGUUUCUACCUGA